AUGCGAUCUCGCACAGGCUGCUUGACGUGUCGUACUCGGAAGCUGAAAUGCGAUGAGCAAAAACCUGAAUGCUCGCAGUGUCGCAAAGGUGCCCGGGAAUGCCGUCCGAGCGAAGGGAUCAUCUUCCGCCAUCAGCAGAAUGCGUCCAUGAAUAAGAACCUGGAGGAUUGCUCCAGUGGCCGCGGGAGUUUGAAGGGGUUUUAUUCGUAUAAGAAUACUUUUGCUAAGGAUGUUGUUUGGUUGGAUGUUCCGAAACAUGUCGUCUUCGUUGAUAAUUCCGAUCCGUAUGCAGAGGAACUGGAAGCGGCCCUCGGAGAGUCCGAGGCCGCCAUCCUGGCCGCAAAAUCACAGACUCGCGAGUGGAGUGCCCAGCGGAGUACACCGGCCGAUAGCGAGACUCCCGGUUUAGAAGCCCUGUCCACGGCGGCCGCCCACGAUCGCCUUCCAUAUCCCUCCCUGAACAUAGACCAACCAUGUAUGCCCACGCCCGACAGCACCACGACCUACAAUCAUGUCCCCGCCUCUUCGGUUUCGUCCGGUCCUUCUCCCCAUCAAGCGCGCAGUGUGUUGCCGCCCCAAACAUCUCCCCCCCUCUCGGUUGCCUCGAACCACAAUAAUAAUAUCAACUUCCUGCUCAACCCCUCCCAGUCUCUGUCGCCGCCCACCGACCCUCACAUCCGUAAUACGCCGGACCGACGAAACUCGUCCAUGACCGCGAGGUCCGUCGCGUCACGGGGCACCAGUGCCGCGGAGAUCAAAUCCGAGGCGUCCGUGGAGACCGACCACGAAUCCGCCUUUUUAUUGCGACACUUUUCCGAGUCUCCAGGACUGUGGAUGGACCUCUUCGAUCUCGGGACGUAUUUUGCGUCUUAUGUCCCCGUGAAGGCGCUUCGAAAUCCUCUCCUAAAGUAUGCGGCGUGUGCAUAUGCUGCUAAACAGCUGGGCCGUGUCAAGGGAGCAAAGUCUCCGGCGGGUGGAGUCUGUUCCAAGCAAGCGUCGAUGGAAACCUGGCCCAGCACGACCAAGGUAGACUGGACGUGGUAUGGCGCCAAGUAUUAUGAAAAGGCCAUCCAGCUCUUGAUGAAAGAGUUGCAACCCGACAAGGGACCUCCACCGCUCAGUACGCCCGAGGCGUUCGGUCAGUGGCAAGCCGCCGAGCUCUGCGAAGACGCCAACAAUCCCCGUAAGCGGCGGCGACGUUUCUCCGAGAGUCGACUCUCAAAUGGGGUCCACUCGGACGAGAUCCUGGCCGCUACGGCCAUUCUGUCCGUGUAUGAAUUCCUCGACGCCACGGGGCCCGCAUGGAGCCGCCAUUUGAGCGGCGUGAAGUCCUUGCUAGAUGUCGCGGAAGUCGGCAUGAUGCCUCUGGAGCAGCGAACGCCUGUGGGCGACAACCCCUUCCAGACACCCAAGAAGGUCGCGCUGUCCAAAGCACGGAAGGCGACGUUUUGGAACUUUGCCCGACAGGAUUACCUGGCAGCCUUUAUCAACGAGAGCCAAACGCGGCUCAACACCGACGACCUCGUUCUGUGGACCGAAGCCGGCCUCCAGAUCGACAGCGCGGGCUUCGUAUGCUCUGCCAAUCCGAGCGCACCCGGGUACCACGAAAGCGAGGAGCCCAUGAAAGAGGACCUCAUCGGGAACGGCCUCAUCUGGAUACUUUCCAAGAUAGUCAACUUCAUCAACGCCGGCAGCCAAGUGCACUUCAACCAGAGCUCCGUCGACACGGGGCCCUUGGGCCUUACCCCACAGGUCCUGCUGGAACGGUGGUACCGUCUAGAAGCGGAGCUGGACGUCUGGCACAGCGGGUUACCAGACACAUUCCGCCCCUGCGCUCGCAUCGAGCCCUCAGGCAACGACGCAGCCAGCGGACUGAUGGAAAUCUGGUACAGCCUCCCUGUCUGCUCAUCCGCCAUGCAGCAUUUCCACAUGGCGCGCAUCCUCCUCCUCAUCAACAAGCCGCACGAGUCGACCAGCGGCCGCAGCACCAUCACCAACAGACUCAACUCCUACCGCUCCAUCGAGAACGACAUCCGGUUCCACAGCCGUGAGAUCGUCGGCAUCUCGAUGGCGCGGCCGCACGGCUCGGUGAGGAUUAAUAGUCUGCAGCCGUUGUUCGUCAGCGGACAGUGUCUCACGGAAGCGCCGGAACGGCGGAUGGUCGUGCGGUUGCUGCAUGGGAUUGAGACUGAUCUGGGUUGGGCGACGGGGUAUCGUGUGAAUCAGUUGCUGCGGGAGUGGGGGUGGGCUGAGGAGUCUCGUGACGAGGGCGUUCCGUGA